UACCACUUCUUUCCCGAAUCGUUGUUUUUUAGACUGCGCGAUACGCCUCCAUCCGAUAUACCCUCGACUUUCCCUCGUUGCCGAAACACGACCAAAAAGAACGUGCAAAGACAAAUUCUCUCUCUCUCUCUCUCUCUCUCUCUCUCUCUCUCUCUCUCCCGUCGGUGGACGGCAAGAUCUAAGACUGAUUACUUCUUUCGGCCAUGGCUGAUAACUCCAAGGAAGAUUUAGUACAGCUGGUCAAGCGAAUUGCUGAUUACCUCACUAUCAAGCUCUCCAGUCUCUUCUCUCUCUCCCUCGACAGUCUCGAUUCACAAUCUAUUGUGGCUUUAGCAGGACUUGCCCUUGCAAUACUCUUUACCUGGAAUCUUUUGAGAACACCUAGUGGACCGCAAAGAAGGCAACCCGAACGUCAGACUCCUAUUCCUAGUAGUUCUGGCUUAAGUACUUAUUCAAAUGCAAAUUUGACAUCUGCAGAAGAUUCAAGAGUACACAAUGUUAUUGAUGAGUUGUUCCAGCCCAUAAAGCCAACUUUAGGACAAGUAGUUAGACAGAAGCUGAUUGAUGGAAGGAAGGUAACAUGCCGGUUGCUUGGUGUAAUCCUUGAGGAAACCAGUCCAGAGGAGCUUCAGAAACAAGCGACUGUGAGAUCAUCUGUGCUGGAAGUACUGCUGGAGAUUACAAAAUUCUGUGAUCUUUAUCUCAUGGAAAGAGUUCUGGAUGAUGAAAGUGAAAGAAACGUUCUCCUUGCUUUAGAAGAUGCUGGGGUUUUUACAUCUGGUGGCUUGGUCAAAGAUAAGGUUCUCUUUUGUAGCAUAGAGAAUGGCCGGACAUCUUUUGUUAGGCAACUGGAGCCAGAUUGGCAUAUUGAGUCAAGUUUCGAAAUCGUCUCCCAGCUAGCGAGGUUCAUCAAAUAUCAACUUCACAUUUCACCCAUCAAACCCGAGCGAGUUGCUGCUAAUGUUUUCAGCUCGCCAUCCUUGGAGCAGUUCUUUGGAUGUGUUUGACCCGAAAACCUUUAAAGGAUGUAGGUAUCUUUUGUGAACAAAUGGUAUUGUUUGUUUUUUCUUUGGGUUGAAAAAACGUUCACACCUAAUGUCCAGCUCAAUGUUCUGUGUGUUAUUUAACAGGUGUUGAUUCUUGGAUGAGACGCUGAACGUGCAAUACUUCGCUAAUUCAAGCAAAAAAGUUCCAUCUUCGGCUUUGUGAAAUAGAUUAUCUUACAUUUAACCAACGUUAACUGUUAAAGAUGGUUGUCUGGAUUUCAUCCCGGUUAAAUUUUUUUUUUUGAACAGCUUCAUCCCAGUUAAAUAUAUGUCUAUAUGUAGGCAAUUUGAGCAUGAUAUUUUGAUGAUUUGUCUUCUCUUGGAAAGUUAGAAAUUUGUCAGAGUCCAUUGCUUAUGGUUGAGAUACCUACAAAAUGAAGUUAUAGUGCCGGAAUCGGCUUGUGUUGUAUUUCUUCUGCGUUCUUUUGAUAGUAUUUGAACCAAAGAACUUGUAAUAUUUUGGACCUCACCAGUUCCUGCAAAGUUGUUCAGGCUGCAAUCAGCAUCUGCUGAUGAUUAUCCUUA